CCUGAGAAGCAAGCAGAAAGCACACACACAAUAUGUGUUGGCUCGCAAAAAAAGGAGGCAGGAGCCUUUCAAAAGCAAUGUAAUGUAACCAGCCAAAUGUGAAAAGGAGCUCGCCUUUCGCUGCAAGGAGACGAUCGGCCACCUCACACAAUGUCUUUCAAGGAGAUCAAGGCAGGGGAAAAAGCCAAGCACCCAGAAGAUCAUGGCAAAAAACAGAGUUCAAGUUGGAUCAACGGAAUGGAGAAUAGCACACAAGCCAGCACUUCUGUCGAGAAAAGAAAUCACCACUGGAGAAGUUACAAAUUGAUUAUUGACCCAGCUCUGAAAAAAGGACAGCAUAAACUCUAUCGUUAUGAUGGGCAAAAUUUUAGCAUGCCUAACUCGGGAAUUGCCCCGGUGGAUUGUGUCAGAGAUCCCAGGAUAGGAAGAAUAUGGACCAAAACCAAGGAGUUGGAGCUUUCUGUUCCCAAAUUCAAGAUUGAUGAGUUUUACGUGGGGCCAGUGCCCCCCAAGCAGGUAACCUUUGCCAAGUUGAAUGACAACAUCCGUGAAAACUUUCUGACGGACAUGUGCAAGAAAUAUGGUGAAGUGGAAGAAGUAGAGAUUCUCUACAAUCCCAAGAAUAAGAAGCACCUGGGCAUUGCCAAAGUGAUCUUUGCCACAGUGAAGGGUGCCAGGGAAGCCGUCCAGCACCUGCACAACACAUCAGUCAUGGGCAACAUCAUACACGUGGAACUGGAUACAAAAGGUGAAACCCGUAUGCGGUUCUAUGAACUGCUGGUUAAUGGUCUUUACACUCCGCAGACCCUUCCUGUAGGCAAUGAGCAGGAUGUCUCGCCAACUGUGAAUGAAACUCAGCAGUUGACUGAUUCUGUAAAACGUCUGAAAGACAGUAACCUUUCUUCUGCGGGAUCAUCCAUUACCCCAAACAGUAGCACCCCGUUUUCCCAUGAUACAGCCUAUUCCAGCAGUCGGCAAGACACCCCAAACUCGUAUAGCCAGUAUACCCCACAGUCCCAAGGAACCCCACUCACCCCACGACUGGGGACUCCGUUUUCCCAAGAUUCAACCUAUUCCAGUCGUCAAACGACACCAUCUUACCAUUACGGACAGGACUCUGGGUAUAAACCCAGGAGACAUGAAACAAAAUUUACAGAUGCCUAUAAUAGACGACCAGGACAUCACUAUGUCCAUAACUCGGCAGGUGUUUACAGAGGGUCAGAACAUCAGUUUAGCACGUUCAAGUCUCAUCAGCAAGAGCCAGUACAAUAUUCUCACACUCCUCCCUUGAGCCACUCUGGUUCUUCAAGUUAUAAAUCUGCCUUCUCUCCAUACCAAGCACCAGCUGUAUUUCCCCCAUCUGAUGAACAGCAGUAUCCCCAAACUUCCAGAGACACUGAGUACCGGAGACCUGCACCACCUCCAGCUGAGAUCUUAGUAGAAAGUAGUGUUGCUACGAAUAUUGAUUUUGUUCCUGUGAAAGAAAAACAGGAGGAACUCCCAUCCCUGCCACAGUCAAACUGUCUUACCGAACAAAGUACAGCAUCCUUCUCUCAGACUCCAGAAAGGAGUGAGACACCUGGCACCCCAACCAUGGAGUCUGAAAUGCAGCAUAACAGUUUAGACUCAAGGAUUGAGAUGCUCUUGAAAGAGCAGAGAACAAAGUUACCUUUUCUCAACGAACAUGAUUCAGACAAUGAGAUCCGAAUGGAAGGUAGCCCUAUCUCUUCCUCCUCCUCCCAGCUUUCUCCUAUCCCAUUGUAUGGCUCUAACUCUCAGCCCAGUUAUAGAGCUCAAACCCCAUCCUCACGUCCCUCCAGCACUGGCUUGGAGGACAUUAGUCCAACACCGUUACCAGAUUCUGAUGACGACGAACCAAUCCCUGGGACAGCUCCUCUGAGUCAGAAUUCAAGAGGAACGUCAGAGGCCAGUAUGACUCCUAUUGAUCAGCUGAGUAGGACAUCCAAAGCUGAGACUUCGGAGACUAAAGAAAUGCUGCCUGGUGACCAGACACCAACAUCAGAAAAAAUGGAUGAGGGUCAGCAUUCUUCAGGGGAGGACAUGGAAAUAUCUGACGAUGAAAUGAAUUCUUCACCAAUCACCAGUGCAGAAUGUGCCAAAACCAUUGUGGUGAACUCCUCUGUUAGCAACUCUGCUGUGAUGACUCAGUCGAUACCCAUGCCCCCACCAGGGUUCCCUCCACUUCCACCCCCACCCCCACCCCAACCAGGCUUUCCAAUGCCGCCACCUCUACCACCACCACCUCCACCAACUCAUCCAGCUGUCACCGUCCCACCACCUCCGCUUCCUGCGCCACCUGGGGUCCCACCGCCUCAUAUCUUGCCUCCACUUCCUCCAUUCCAUCCUGGCAUGUUUCCUGUCAUGCAAGUGGAUAUGAUAAAUGUCCUGGGCAACCAGUGGGGCGGCAUGCCAAUGUCCUUUCAGAUGCAAACUCAAAUGCUGAGCCGCAUGAUGCAGGGGCAGAACACGUACCAGUACCCACCUUUUAUGGGAAGUCGGAUGCAGUUUGUGAAUCUUCCUCCCUACCGUCCCUUCUCGAUGGGGGCAGCUAUUGGCCGGGGGCAGCAAUGGCCGCCGCUGCCCAAGUUUGACCCCUCGGUCCCACCACCGGGUUAUGUGCCGAAGAAGGAGGAUCCGCACAAGGCUACUGUGGACGGUGUCCUCUUGGUGAUUGUGAAGGAAUUAAAAGCAAUUAUGAAAAGGGACUUGAACCGGAAAAUGGUCGAGGUGGUAGCAUUCAGAGCCUUCGAUGACUGGUGGGACAAGAAAGAACGUCUAGCAAAGGCAUCGCUCACUCCAGUGAAGUCUGGCGAAAAUAAAGAUGAGGAAAAACCAAAGCCAAAGGAUCGAAUUACAUCCUGCCUCCUGGAGAACUGGAACAAAGGAGAAGGGCUAGGCUACGAGGGAAUUGGCUUGGGUAUUGGGUUACGAGGGGCCAUUCGGCUGCCAUCUUUCAAGGUGAAGAGAAAGGAGCCGCCUGAAGCUGCCUCAGCAGGAGAUCAGAAGAGAAUCAGGCCUUCCCCCUCUGUUGAUGAUGAAGAUGAAGAGUCAGAAAGGGACAGAGACAUGUCUGAUGUUACUUCAGACCUGUCUAAGAAGGAUGCAGAAGCAGUAGGCCUCCGAAGGAGACCAGCAAGACCAUUGGAGCUAGACAGUGAGGGGGAGGAAGGAGAUGAGACUUCAGGUAAAGAAGAAGAAUCCUGUUCUGAAAAGGAAGACGAGCAGGAGGAAGAGGGAGGAUUGGUGAAAGCAGCACCUGGCAAGGAGGAAGACGAGGAGGAGGAGGAGGAAGACGAGGAAGAGGAGGAGGAAGAUGCUGACGAAGAGGAGGAAGAGGAUGAAGAUGAAGAAACGGGAGUAGAAACAAGUGAAAAGGAAGAUGAGCAGGACUCUGAAGAAGAAGAUGUAGUGAGUCCCACAUCUUCCAAAGCCGAAGCUGAAUCAUCUGAUGAAAGUGAGGACUCCUCAGAAUUUGAGUCGAGUUCUGACUCGGAUGAGGAAGAGGAGGAGGAGGAAGAAGAGGAGGAGGAAGAGGUGGUGGCUGAAGACCAAGAUAGAGAAGCCAUGGCUGCUGAAAUAGAGCUUGAGUCUGCUAGUCAUGAACUAGCAGAUGAAGAAAAAGAGACCAUCCUGGAGCUGUUUCCAGUGGACGACUAUAUGGAAGCAACAAGCCUGGCACUAGAGGCACCAGCUAUGGCAGUAAAAGAGGAAGAGAUGGAAGAAACCAAGCAACGGGAAGAUGAAAGUAGUGAAGUGCCAGAGGAAUCUACUGCUGCUGAAGGUUUGGUGGUCACGGAGAGAGACCAGGAAGUAAAGCUAAUGCCGUCCCCUAUAUGUGUAACAGUGGCAGAGUCUGAACUGGAUAUUGAGCUGGAGCCUAAGGUAUUAGAGGGUCCAAAGCCUGAAUCUCAAGAUGAAGAAGAGAAUCUCUGUCUCCCGGCACCAGUGGGGGUAUUUGAAGAACCUCUACCCAGUAAGAGCCGCUUCUUCAGUAAGUCUGAUGAUAGUGACUUAGAAGCCCGAGUUACAGGAAAACUACUAUCCACAGCAGAGGAGGAGGAGGAGAGACUGCCUUGGACUCCUGGACGGGACAUAGUGGUCCAUUCGGAUUCUGAUACUCCCAUACUUCCAGCGCAUAAGGUGCCACCCUCUACGCUUCCCCUUCCAACAACGCCUAGUAAAGAGGAACCUUUACUCCCUCCAGAAAAUUUCCCUGAACAGUUAACUGUGACCAAAACAGCUCUGGAAGAGGAGCUUCCUAGGACUCCAGGGCGGGAUAUUAUGGCCAAGUCUUCACAUGGCUUUGCAAAGUCACAGAGUACGGACACUAUUCCAGCCACCCCUGGAAGUGAUGCUCCUCUUACGGGAAGCAGCUUGACUUUAAGUUCCCCUCAAGUCCCAGGCAGCCCUUUUUCAUAUCCAUCCCAGUCUCCUGGGAUUAAUAGUGGCAUUCCUCGGACUCCUGGGAGGGAUUUUAAUUUCACGCCUACUUUCCCAGAGCCUGGUGCAACUCUUCCUUGCCUUCUGUCUGGCAAGAAACCAUCAGAAGAUGAGCCAGAGGAGAAAUGUUUUAAAGAACCUCUUAGUGCUUCCCGAACGGUCAGCAUGAACAGUGUUCCCUCCCCAAUUCCCUUUGCUAGCCCUCCAGAAACUGAUUUCCACACAGACAUAGAUUUGCAACCUGAUGAGCCAGUAUCUGUAGCAGCCCUGCCAUGUGUGCCAGUGGAUGGAAAGUCAUCCAUAGAGGAGAACAAGGUAGCCGUGAAAUCCGUUUUGCUCUCCCCAGAAGCGCCUACUGUCUCUCUUCCUCUCCCUCUUCCUCCUACUCCUUCCUCUCUGCCCACCAAAAGGAAACCAGGCCGGCCGAAACGAUCACCUCCUUCGGUCCUCUCGUUGGAGGCCUAUCCCAGCAAAACUUCAGAACCUCCUCCUGUCCCAGUUGCCUUGACUGAAAGUGCUGUGAGCAAAGAGUUGUUGGGCGGGCAUCCUGAUGCUUUUUAUGGACUGAAAGAUCCUGAAGCGGUCACCCUAGACUUCAGGAAUGACAGCUUUCAUGAGAAGGUAACCCCGGAGGCCAUAGCAGAGAAACUUCCGUUUAAGGAACUAGAGAAUCAGUGGAAUGAGGACUUCAAAGAAGAGGAGAUUCACGUGAAACCUAAAAGACAGUGGCGGAGGCAGAAAAAGACACCUGAGGACAUCCCAGUGAUUCCUUCCCCUGAAUAUUCUCCACAUCGGCCCCACUUUAGGCCCCGCUCCGAGUUCGAGGAGAUGACCAUUUUGUAUGAUAUCUGGAAUGGAGGAAUAGAUGAGGAAGAUAUCAAGUUCAUGUGUAUCACGUAUGAUCGCUUGUUACAGCAAGAUAAUGGUAUGGACUGGCUCAACGAUACCCUUUGGGUAUACCAUCCUUCUACUAGCUUUUCUACCCCGAAGAAGAAGAAGCGGGAUGAUGGCAUGCGGGAACAUGUUACAGGUUGUGCACGAAGUGAAGGCUAUUACAAAAUAGAUAAGAAGGACAAACUUAAAUACCUCAACAAUAGUCGUGCAUUUGCAGAGGAGCCGCCAGCUGAUACACAAGGAAUGAGCAUCCCUGCCCAACCUCAUGCUUCCACCCGGGCUGGCUCUGAGAGGAGGUCAGAGCAACGCAGGCUUCUCUCAUCCUUCACUGGUAGCUGUGACAGCGACCUACUCAAAUUUAACCAACUGAAGUUCCGGAAGAAAAAGCUAAAAUUCUGCAAGAGUCACAUUCAUGACUGGGGCCUUUUUGCUAUGGAGCCCAUUGCAGCUGACGAGAUGGUGAUUGAAUAUGUGGGUCAGAACAUCAGACAGGUCAUUGCAGACAUGCGAGAGAAACGAUACGAGGAUGAAGGCAUUGGGAGCAGUUACAUGUUCAGGGUCGACCAUGACACCAUCAUUGAUGCAACAAAAUGUGGAAACUUUGCCAGGUUUAUUAAUCAUAGCUGCAAUCCAAAUUGUUAUGCUAAAGUCAUCACCGUGGAGUCUCAGAAGAAGAUUGUCAUCUACUCCAAGCAGCACAUCAACGUGAAUGAGGAAAUUACUUACGACUACAAGUUUCCGAUCGAGGAUGUAAAGAUCCCAUGUCUGUGCGGCUCUGAGAACUGCAGGGGGACCCUGAACUAAUCCCAAGGCUUCUCGUCACACUUGCACCUUCGGCCAUGUCAGAACUGCAGUAACCAGGUGUGGUUGCA